AUGCUUGAUAAACUUAGGCUCUCAUUAUUUGAGAAUAUAGUCAAUGGGUCAGAAAUUGUUGAGGAUGAGGUGUUGAAUGAAUUUUUGAAUGUCCCAUACAACUGCGAUCCUGAGGAGCUAUGUUAUUACACCAAAGACGAGUCUACGUUGAAGUUUGGAGACAUCAGCGGCCUCCAUGAAGUCAAGAUACCGUUUGGUUCAAAGGGCAAAACAAAGAAGAAGAGAGUUAGUGAUAAAGGACCCGUGAUAAUAGGUACUUGCCUAACAGAAGGGUUCGACAAAUUUGAACAACCAAAUUUGAACGACGUGUACCUGCUAGAGGACUUAUUCAGGUCGUUGCAAUAUUUGAUACAAAGCGGUGAGCUAUCACGAGAUAGCCUCAAGUUUCUUACUAUGAGGCGGCAUUUAAUGAAGCUAAUGUGCAUUCCAUUGAAUAAACAACCAGUCAGUUUCAAUGUAAUUUAUUGGCGGGGAUUGAUUAUAUUUGCCUAUGAUUGGGAUGAAGAAUUAAAGUUGAUUCCUGACGAUUAUCUAAAAUUAUACCAAUAUAACGGUUUCAAGUUUGAGGAAGUAGUCACCGACCAUGCAGCAGAUGAACCAAAAUCUCUGUUUCAUUCAGUAACGCAACACUUUGCUGGCAAGAAUAUGAUCACUUAUUCAGCUGAAAUUGACUGCGCAAUUUCCAAAAUGCCAGGACUAUCCAACUACGUAGAGUUGAAAACACAUUCCAGUCUUCCAGAUGACAAACUCAAGACAGCAAACAAACUUCAAAGAAAAUUGAUGGCAUUGUAUUGUCAGAACAAGUUCAUUUCAUGUAACUACUCAGCCAUUGGCUUUAGAACAACUGACUUCAGACUUCUGUCUAUUAAAAAGUAUACUCAGUAUGAGUUAGUGGGGUUGUUAGACAAAUUGCCUAUAUUCUUAUCAAAUCUGUGUUUUAUAAAAACUAAACACAUUUUCCAGUGGUACAACCUUGUCAUAGGUUGGUUAUGUCAAAAACUGUUUAAUGAUAACCAACCACGUGUAUUCAAACUUUCCUUUGAGAGGGAAAUUGAGCUAAUGGAUUCUCAUUUGAGCAUGAAAUCUGUCACUGGUGAAGAAGAGUUGCGAAUUUUCAAUAGACUCGUCCCUGAAUGGUUUCAAAAUUUUUAUUAA